GAGGGCUGAUGUCAUUUCAAAACUUGCAUUCUCAACUUAGCGCGGUCAGUCGCUUCCCAUCUUUUCCACGGCGCAGUCCUCCCUCGCGUUUGACGGGGCAGAGUUGGUUUUAAUAACGGCUUUUGAACGAGAAGCUUUAGACAAAAACCCUCAUAUCUGCAGGCGGUAGUAGAAGACUGAUAUUUUCGGCAGAAGCCAGAGAAACGGAGCCCCACUCAUUACGGGCAGAGGCGGCUGAACUUUUUUUUUUUUUUUUGGUGUGUGUGGAUUCUCUUUAAACUACAACCACAAGAAAAUGAAUCGGAGUUUUAAUAAAUCACAGCCUUUGCGACACAUCGACUGUAACGCCGUGGAAGUGAAAAGCAAGUAUGGAGCAGAGUUUCGCCGGUUCUCAGUGGACCGGGUCAAACCUGGAAGGUUCGAGGAGUUCUACAAGCUCCUUUUGCACAUUCACCGCAUUGCUAAUAUGGAGAUGAUGAUUGGCUAUGCCGAUGUCCAUGGGGACCUGCUGCCGAUAAACAACGACGACAACUUUUGCAAAGCGGUGUCGACUGCUCAUCCACUCCUCAGGAUAUUCAUACAGAGACAAGAAGAGGUGGACUACAGUACUUUUGGCACCAACACAAUAACGCGUAAGAAGAAGGCUGUCGUGGCGCUGCGCAACAGCGACAUCAGCCGCAGGCGCCCCAACAUCCACAUCGGCAUGCCGCACGACUUCCGGCCCGUUUCCUCCAUCAUCGACGUGGACAUCCUGCCUGAAUCUCACCGCCGCGUCCGCCUGUACCGGCACGGCUCGGACAAGCCUCUGGGAUUCUACAUCCGGGACGGCACCAGCAUGCGCGUGACGCCUCACGGCGUGGAGAAAGUGCCGGGCAUCUUCAUAUCCCGCAUGGUGCCGGGGGGUCUGGCCGAGAGCACCGGGCUGCUGGCCAUCAACGACGAGGUGCUGGAGGUGAACGGCAUCGAAGUGUCGGGGAAGUCGCUGGAUCAGGUGACGGAUAUGAUGAUCGCCAACAGCCACAAUCUGAUCGUGACCGUCAAGCCGGUGAACCAGCGCAACAACGUGGUCCGCAGCAGCAGGAUCUCCGGCAGCUCCGGCCAGUCGUCCGACAGCAGCGGGUCGACCGGUUACCCGAGUUUGUCGAUGGCCGUAGCGCGGGAGACGCCCCCGGGAGCGCACGGUUACCACGACGACCUGGAGAGCGACGAGGAAACGGAUAUCGUCAUCGAGAGCAGCCUAAAGCGGCCGUCUCAGCGGUCCAGCUCCUCUUUAGCGUCGAGCGCAUCACGCACGCAGCAGCAGCAGCUGCCGCCGUCCCACCGCAACCCCCCCACACGGCCCUCCUCCAUGGUCCUCACUGCGUCCUUCCACUCCCAGACGAGUCUGAACGGAGGGUCCCCCCACCACCACCACCACCACCACGGCAGCCUCAACCAGCAGCUCCACAAAGAGCCGAAGCACAGCCAGCAGCAGAAACCCGGUCAGCCGCAGCUCCACAGCAGCAACCCCGCCCUCCGACACAGCAACGGCAGCCUGCACAAAAUCCUCAACUCCCUGAAAACGGACCCACGACACAGCUUCGCCCUCCCCAAGGGAGGGGUGGAGGAGGAUGGCACCGUCAUUACCCUAUAAUGCCCGCUAACAGACAGAAACAUCAAAGCUGCUCACAGACUCAACUGGAAACGCCAGCAUUUCACUUCAGACACACACUUCUGUUGAUUUGUACUAGAUUAUAGGAAGAUUCCCGCAACUACAGUGUAAAUACGUGUUGUAUUUUAAAAACACUCUUAGUCCAACAAGAGAAGAUCCUGUAUUUUCUUAAAGCUUCAGAACAAACAACUGUUUUUAGAGGAUUCCACUGUAGCUUCCAGAUCUGAAUGUACUGACAGCUCGUCUCUGAGUGACCACUGAUCAGGAUCCUUUUAUAAUUCCUAUUUCUUGGACCAACGUGGGCUUUUUUAUUUUUUAAGAGUAAAUGUAUAUUCUUAUGAAUGCUGUGUAGAUUAUGUUUUUAAUGUCUGUUAUGCAUCGAUGAUUGUGAUCAAAUCAUGUUUCUUUUUCAAUAAAUUAUUCUAUCUCUUUUA